UUCCAGCCUAAACAAAUUCAAGAAAUCAAGGACUUUCUCUUAACAGCAAGAAGGAAAGAUGCUAAAUGUAAGUGCAUUUGCUAGGCAAUAAAAAGGCUUUAGUUAUUUGCAAUAGAGUGUUUCUAAUAAGAGUAAUUGUGCAUGGACAAAAAAUAAACAGUCUGGUUCUUAAGCCAAUUUUGAAGAAUUUGCCGCAUUAUCCUAAAAAUGGCUUUUAUGAUAAAAUAGUGGUUAAAAAAUGUCACAAGUUAACUCUCAUUUUUACUUAUUUUUUUUAAUGCAGUUUUUGUACAUGGACAUUCCCUAAUGGGUUCUGUUUAUGCAGGGCAGACGCUUUAUUAGUAGCUAUGAUGAGCGGAACUUGCCCUCUCUUAAAAGAGAUGAUGAAAAUGUUCCAAAGGGUGUACUCAACCUGAGCUAUUCUUAUUUUCUUUUAAGACUGCAAUUUUGAAAUAUUUUUGUUAACCCUUUCAGAGUGUAGCAUCCAUUAAGAAAUUAACUCCCUACCAAGCAUAGGGGAAUAACCCCAAUAGGACAAUUAGUUGUAAACCUACAAAAGAUGUUUUGAAAUAAAUAUUUCAUCCAGUCAUAGAUGCAAUACAAUUAAUUGUAGUUUGUUGGAAAAAUAUCACAUUUUAAUAAACUAUGUCUACAUAAGGUCUGGUUUUAGCAUAAGUCUACUGUAACUAAAUAAAAAUCAAACACACAGCCCACAAAAAAAGAGCUUGACAUGUCAUCUUUAUUAUGCUAAGGUUAUUUUUUAACUCCUUAAAAUUAUCUUCACUCGUUAAAAAAAAAAUUAAAAUUAAAUUUUAGUAUUAAAGAUUAGAUGAUAAACUUUUGUGAAGUGUGUCACAUUUAGUGUCCAUGAUUUAUAGCUUACAAAUAUUUAUUUGGUAGUGUAGCCAUUGCUUUUUCACAUGUAUCAGUACAAUUACAUUUACAAUUUUUGUUUGUUAAAAAAUAUUCAAAUGGUGAUGGAAUUAUUUUUUUUAGGUCCAAGUCACUGCAUAAUAUAGAAUGUGAUUAUUAAAUUAUAUUCUGUGUAUAUAAAUCUAGUUGUGGUGACCCCCCAAACAUAACAUCAUUUUCCUUGCUACUUCGUAAAUAUAUGUUUUUGUUUGUAUGUUGUUUUUUAUAGCUGUGAAAAUCAAGAAAAAUAAAGACAAUGUAAAGUUUAAAGUCCGUUGCAGUCGUUACUUGUAUACACUUGUCAUUCAAGACAGGGAAAAGGCAGACAAAUUAAGACAAUCUUUGCCCCCAGGUAAAUUAAGAAAUUUUUAGUUAUAUUGAAUUUUUAAGAUGCACUAGGUAGAUGUGAAUGUAAUCUACUUGCAAAUUAUUUUAAUAUUUUUUAUAUUUAAAUGUAAAUUGUUAUAAGUGGAACUUGCCUUUUCUUGAAAGAGAUUAAAAGAUUCUUUAACCCUUUACAGUCCAACCUAUUCAGCCUUGUCUACUCCCAGCGCCCAAGCAAAGGGACAUAACUCCAUUUUAAAUGAAGGUUCUUUUAUCUAAUUAAUUUUCAGAAAAUAAACUAGAAGCAACAAAAUAAAAUAAAAAAUACCUAAAUACAAACAAAUGAUUAAAGCAAAAGUUAAACCUAAAAAUAGUUUCAGAGACCCUCCCACUCAUGAAAUAGUGAAGCUUCAUUAGGCCUAAGUUCUUUCAAAUGUGUAUCCAAAGUUUAGAUAGCCAUUUUUUACAGCGAAAAAAUCACGACUUUUAAAAAAAUCAUAGAAAAUCAGCCCCUAAACACACCGCGGUCAAACUAGUAUCGAAACAAAUGCCGACAACGAGGCUUUUCUUCCGGUAGAACUAUAAAUAGUAAUGCGCAAUGGACUUCCGCUGUGCUAAGAACGAAAGUAAACAACCUCGAAACGGGCGGGUUUGGCCGCAUCGGACUGUACGCUUAAGGAAAAAAUCGGCGCAUUUCGGGCGCAUCGGACUGUAAAGGGUUAACAAACUCAACUAAGUUGUAUUAAUAGAAAUGUCUACAAUAUAUGCUAAAUUUGUUGAAAAUAUAUGCCAAAUUUGUUGAAAUUUUAUCUCUUAACUUUUUUUUUAUAUGUAAUCUUCAGGUUUGGCUGUUAAAGAGUUGAAGUAAAUUUUGAAAAUAAAGUCAUUGAAAAAUUGA